AUGUUCGACUUCGAUUCCUUGGAGGACGCAGAUCCAAACCCGGAUCCAGAGCUCGGUUUGCAGUGGCAGACACGGAUGUUCGCCAACGUCGAAUGCCGAGUUCUUGAACCGUCAGGACCACUCAACCUCGUUCUCAUUUUUUUCCACGGGAGUGGGACCCCUUUUCGCGUGGAGCAGGAGAGGCUGUUCACCCCUCCUCGCGCCCUUAGCCUCCUCUCGGCGGGAGUGGCGGUGGUGCUGCCUGCAAGCCCUUUACGGGAUGGAACGGUCCACUUCUGGUACAGCACAGACAAAGAUGUACUGCUGGAUUUGUUGACGAAGGCGAAGGAGCAGGAGAAGGCUGUUGAAGAGGGCACGCCUCAAAGCCGUGCUCAGCUUUCUGUCCAGUCGGCGUCCACUUCGACUUCAACACCUCCACCACAACAGAGUGCCGUCGAGCAGCUGAAGGAUGGGGAGCCUGCAUUUCUGGAUCUGUCCCGGGCCACUGCACGAGAGGUCAUCGAAGCUGCCCGAGAUGUUUUGGGCUUGAGCCUUGCAUCUGUGGCUUUGGCCGGAUUCUCACAAGGUGCUGCUGUGGCUAUGGAUGCGGCUCUGCAUCUGCCAGCUAAGCCAGCGGCAUUGGGGUUCUUCUCGGGCUCGCUCAUGUGCAGGAGGCGGUGGCGUGAGCGGCUUCCUCUCCUGGAGGGCUGGAGAGAUCUUGCACUUGUUCAAGGCCACGGCCGAGGAGACUGGGCAGUGGGUGUCAAUGGCGGUCGCUGGAUGCGGGACUUCUGCCGCGAUGAGAUUGGGAUGCAGCAGGCAGAAUACCAUGAGUUUCAAGGAGGCCACACGAUUCCGUCUGACUUAGCCGACCGCUUUAUCGAAAUGCUGCUCCGUGCCUCUCACGCAGCAGAGCAGGCGGCCCGGGGCAACAUCUCACAGCGAUCAGCGGCGACGAGUAGGAGUUCCUUUGCUCAAGGGGCAGAGGAUGCUGAGAUCGGCAUGUUUCCAGAAGAGCGCGAGACGAGCUGCAAUCGCGGUAGGCCUUGUACAGAGCAACGCUCAGUGCAGGGGAACAGGUCGAACUUGGCAGCAGUCGCCUCAGUAGCCACUGCCUGGCAUCACCGAUCGGAUUCCCUUGCAGCUGGAGUAGCUUUGGCCUCUCAGCUGGGAGGAGCGGUUGGAGCAUGGCAGGGCUUCGACCCACUAGGCAGUGGAGUGGUAGCCGCCAUGCUUGGUGUUUCGGCAGUUGACAGUCUCCGGGAUAGUGCCGGGGUGGGCUACCACGAGCUGAAGGCAUCCCUCCGUGCCCUGGAGCUGCCGGCCAAGAAAGCCGAUGUAUUGGCAGCUAUGCGGGCGCACGGCCUGAAUGCCGAUAGCGUGCUUGACUUCACGUCUUUUUCGCAGAUCGUUUGGAAAAAGUUUCACGAGCAGGAUCCUCUUCCGACUAUGCUGAAAACGUUUCGCCUCUUUGACAAGGAGGGUUCUGGCAGAAUCGGGCUGCGGGAUCUGCGCCGUGCCAGCAAAGAGGCGGAGUUGCCUCUCCGAGAAGAGGAGCUGGAAAGGAUGAUUGCGUACUUCGAUCAAAACAGCAGCGGCACAAUUGGAGAGGCAGAGUUUGUCCAAGUAAUGCUCGCGGCGGACUUGCAAUGA